CACGGCCUAUAUGGGUGUUACACCUUAGUAUCCAUCUCAGGUAAAUACAAUUUAUCACAAGCACAAAUAUGAAAUACAUAAAGCUGAUAACUUCAUUGCUCUAGUCUAUACGUUAAGUACACGAAUGUUGUAGACUUUAUUGGAAUUUAGACGAUUUCCUCGCUGAAUGAAUUAAAAACUGAACAUUUGCAGUUUUAACUAUUUUUCAUUUUAUGUUACAUUUGGGCUUGUAGGGUGAUUAGUACAAGAAGAACAACCCACAUUCUGCCUUUCAGAGAAAUAACACAAAGUCUGGAGUCUACUAAGAAUUUAUUUGAAUUGGAAAUUCGGCGUCUGAAUUAAAUGCGAUAUUCUGAAUUCUUGAGUAAAGAAAUGAAGCGAAGUUUCUAUUUUAGAGAUGUAAUAAGUGUUACUGUACUGUGGCCUCAUUUUAAUUUCUCUGGUUCACAAAGCAGGCAACCUACUUAAAACGUUAAAUAAUUAAAGUCUCGGUUCGUCAGGUCUGAUUGUGUAAGCUGGUGUAGACACGAAACCGUUAUUUUACACAAAAUUUGCAUUCACCUGUUUCAACUGGGUGAGAACUCAAUUACCGUGCCUUAUACACGCCAUAACAAGGCAGCCCGCUCUUGAACUGUCGACUACGCCACACUUGAGCGGUACCGCUUGCAAACAAGAGACCGCGGGAAAUUGAAUUCGCAAUUAGUCACUUUUUUUCCAUUACUGUUUUGUGUCCAGAGAUCUAAAACUUUAACGUGGGUGAGUAAGCUGUGGCUAUGAGGAAAAAAGUGAAAGCUAUAGCAACGUUUGGACCGGUCGAGGUAGCGGGGGAACCGAGAUAGUCAUUUUAGAACCGAAGUAGCGACGGGGAGAGGAGGGAAUCGAACAGAGCAGAAUCCUCCUACGUUUCGCCUUUUGAAUAAAAAAAAGAGGGAUGCGAAACUGCUCCCUCUUCCACCUCCUUAUAACGCCGAACAGAAAGUUUAUACCAUAUAAAUAGAGAAGUAGGCGAGUUAAUGCUAUCAUUCAGUGUUGUGUUGUUCAAUAAGAUGGCUACUGCAGUGGGAUGCAGACUGCCGCUGUACCUCUUUAUCCUAGGGGUGGCGUGUCUGAUCCACGUAACAAUCGCCAGAGAAAUCCGUCGUCGCGACGCUGACGACGCUGAAGCUGCUGGAUCGGACCUGGUGGCUGCAGAGUCCCACCAUGGCCACCACUGGUCAAAGGGCGGAGGUGACAAGCACCACUCAGACCACCACGCCAGUCAUGGGCACAAGGGUGACAAAGGAUACAAGGGCCACCACGGACACGAGAAGGGCGAAAAGGGCCACCACGACAAAGAAGGCCACAGUGGACAUUACAAUGAACACGGCGGACACAAGAAAUCUCACCACGACGGUGGUGGUUACUACGGCGAACACCAUAAGGGUGAGAAGGGCGAGAAAGGGCACAAGUACGGCGAGAAGGGCAGUUUCAACAAGGGACACUCAACCAAGGGACAGCACGAGGUUCACAAACUAGACGAGUACAAGAAGAAUAAGGAGUUCUACGAUGAACAUCACGACGAAGGACAUCAUAGCAAACAUGGCGGCUACCACCAUGAACACGGCGGCAAGAAGGGAGGGCACCACAAAGGCGGCCAUCAUAAGUCAGGAUAUCAUGACGACCACCACGGCAAGAAAGGUCAUCAUUCGAAGGGACACUACUUUGACGACCACAAAGGUCACAAGGGAGCCGGGGGCCACGAAGAACACCACGGACACCACGAAGACUAUGGCAAGAAGGGAGGUCAUUCCGAUCACAAGGAUUGGGGCUUUAGCAGUGGCCAUGGCGGACACGGACACGGCGGACACGGCUAAGCUGAUUGCCGUUUCGCCUCUCCUUGGUCUCCAGGUCAAACGUACGCUGUUUUUGUUGUGCCUGAGCUGGGACACAAAACAUCGUGAACAGAAUUCCGAUACGAAUCACGAGAGUCACAAUUAUAAAAACUCACUUACAGAGUCGUCUAAACAAACUAUGAACUUAAUUUUACUUUUCGUUUAUUUGAAUACUUUCAUGAAGCACAUUACAAAUUAAUUAUUGCACUGAUUGAAAAAUCGUCUAAAACACGCAACAAAUUCUUAUUUCAUUGUACUCCCAAUUAACGAGACGGGCAAAAAUCCAACCUACGUAGAAAAUGAACAUACAUUCUCCUUACAGAAAAGUGAAAAAGUAUUUAUUACUGAAGACUUAUUCAUUUUAUUCAUUAUGUCCCUUCAUAUAAUAAAUAAGAGUUCGUAAAUCAGCGUCAUAUACCUUCAUUAUUAUGGACUGUAAUUGCUUGUGUUCCAUAAACGUAUAUAAAAUAUAUGACGCGAUAUGUACUGCCACAAUCACUUGUUAAAAACUCACGGUAUAUUAACAAUUCAAUCUAUUCUACACACAUGUAUUCUAACAUUAAUUUAUGUAUUAACAUAAGCCCUUGUUUAGUUUCUUUGAAUAUAAUUUACAUAUCAUUGGUCCAGUUUUAUUUGUUAUGUCGGUGUCUAUGUUGUUUUGUUUUUGUUGUUGUAUUCUUUGUUACCUCCAUGCAAUGUGCGUAAAUUUGUCUCCCGACCUGAAUAUGGAUGUGAGACGAUCAAUAAACGUUCAUCCUCUAUGAGUUAAAUCAAACGUA